AAUUCAACUCCGAGCCGAUCGAGAUGUGAGAAAACUUUCCAUGGAAACAGCAAUCAAACAUAUUUUCAUUCUCUCCGGCCAAAGCAACAUGGCCGGUCGCGGCGGCGUAAUUAGAGCCCAGGACCACCACCAGCACUGGGACGGAAUUGUCCCACUCGAAUGCCAACCCCACACCAACACACACCGCCUGUCCGCUACUCUUCAUUGGGAGCAGGCGUGUGAGCCGCUACACGCCGACAUAGACGCCAAAAAGGUCUGUGGAGUAGGGCCUGGCAUGUCCUUCUCGAACUCAAUCAGAGGCCAUUGCGGGGAAGAGGUGGUGGUGGGGCUAGUUCCGUGCGCGGUGGGAGGCACCGCCAUCAAAGAGUGGGCGCGUGGGGAGCACUUGUACGAGUCGAUGGUGAAGAGAGCUAAAUAUAGUAUCAAAGACGGAGGGGAGAUCAAGGCUUUGUUAUGGUACCAAGGAGAGAGUGACACGUCGAGUGCGCAUGAUGCUGAGGCGUACCAGGUGAACAUGGAGAGGCUCAUUAAGAAUGUGAGGGAAGACCUUAAUUUGCCUUCGCUCCCCUUCAUUCAGGUGGCAAUUGCAUCAGGUGAUAAAAAAUACAUGGAAAAAAUAAGAGAAGCACAGCUGGGCAUUAAGCUUCCAAAUGUGGCGUGCGUGGAUGCUAAGGGAUUGUCGCUCAAGGAGGACAACCUUCACCUGACUACUGAGGCCCAAGUUCAGUUGGGCCACAUGCUGGCCCAUGCAUACCUUCACCAUUUUGGACCCUCAAAUCCUCCGCAUGUUGCUUGACUUCCCACAUUUGGGUUGGCUGCCAUUGGAGACUGCUAGUGAUUUGGUUUGCCAACUACAAAUAAUAUUUUACCAGCAGUUCCAUUUCAUCUUAAAUUUUAAGUCUGGACCAAAUGUUCACGUCAACUUUGUUUGUUAUGAGGAAGCAUGAGUUUUUGGGUUAUAUAAUCUCAGAAUCAUGAUGAAA